AUGCGGAACAGCUUAUGUAGUCUUCAUAGGAGGAUUACAUUGACUGCUGCUAUUACAAAGGUGCUUGCAGAGGAAGGAAAAGCGAAAAUAGUUGUCUUCGAUGAAAUUGACAAGGUUCCUGAAGACAAGAAGAGAGGAAUUACAAUUGCAAUGGCCCAUGUCGAGUAUGAGACUACUAAGCAACACUAUGCCAAUGUGGACUGUCCAGGACAUGCGGAUCAAGCCCAUGCCACAGACAAAGGAACACUUUCUACUUGCAUGCCAGAAAUGGAACUCCGUGAGCUUUUUAGCUUCUACAGGUUCCCUAGGGAUGAAAUUCCCAUCAUUCGGGGUUCAGCUUUGUACUCUUUACAGGGGACUAAUGAAGAAAUAGGAAAACAGGCUAUUUCGAGGUUAAUGGAUGUUGUUGAUGAGUAUAUUCCUGACCCUGUGCAACACACGCUUAAUAGGCGCUACAAGAAGCAUGAGUUAUAUGAGAAACCAAUCCCAUCUAAUGAGGAGUCCACCCUUUCCGGCGCAAGUCAGACUGGACAGCAGCGCGAGAUUCGACUGCGUUGGAGUUGGGGACGAGGUGGCACUGAUUCAGGUCACUGA